CCUUCUCAAACAGUUUAACGUGCAAUCUAUAGAAAAAGGAUGGUUAAACAUCUCACUCUUAUUCAGAUUUACCUUCAGAGUCUCAUCAUUUGUUUGGUAUUCAACCGCAGCCAGCAGCAAAAAGUCGAAUGUGGUAAAUCGAAAUUCCCGAUGGAGUCGGGGAACGAGGCAGAACCUGGAGAAUUCCCAUGGAUGGUUCAUCUUUUUCUCCAGCAAAAUGGCGAUGAAUGGUUUAAUUGUAGUGGCACACUAAUAAGCGAUUUACAUGUUCUGACGGCUGCUCACUGCGUUCACAAGGAGAACAGACUGAAUAGCAUUUCCAGGAUUACAUUAGGCUUCCAUGGAAUGCAGGCAGACAGCAACUCAACUCAAAUUGUCGAUUGGAAAACGAUCGUGAUUCCAGCAGGAUCGGGAAGUCUGAUGGAAAAUGACAUUGCCAUCAUCACUCUGACAAAACCUGCUAAAUUAACAGAUUAUGUCCAACCCAUUUGUCUACCAUUCAUCAGCGACUACGUGAACGAAUCUGUUGUGCUCACUGGAUGGGGCCAAUACAAUGAUUCUGCAAAGAAUUUAAUUUUAUACAAAUCGGAAACCACCGUCUUGUCUUCAUUUGGGACAGAUGACCAGUGCCAAAAAAAGGCUGGGAUAGGUCCAUUUUCCGGUGACAGGGUCAUCUGUACUGAUGCAUCCAUCAGCCGUCAAAAUGUUGGAUGUGGAUCACUAAUGAAUUAUUACAACCAAGAAUUGGACCGGUGGUUUGUCCUCGGAGUGGCCGGCAAAGUUGAGGAUUCAACUGGCAGUGGAAGUAACAAGCCCAUCUUGUUCACGCGUGUCACAAGUCAACUGAAUUUUAUCCGUAAAUAUUCCGGUGUGACAUCGCCAUGGGUAAAUGCCACGACAGUUCAAACCACUGAAGGGACAGCCAGCAGUACGUCGGCCAGCAGUACGUCGGCCAGCAGUACGUCGGCCAGCAGUACGUCGGCCAGCAGUACGUCGGCCAGCAGUACGUCGGCCAGCAGUACGUCGGCCAGCAGUACGUCGGCCAGCAGUACGUCGGCCAGCAGUACGUCGGCCAGCAGUACGUCGGCCAGCAGUACGUCGGCCAGCAGUACGUCGGCCAGCAGUACGUCGGCCAGCAGUACGUCGGCCAGCAGUACGUCGGCCAGCAGUACGUCAGCCAGCAGUACGUCAGCCAGCAGUACGUCAGCCAGCAGUACGUCAGCCAGCAGUGAAGCCAGUAAAACCAGUAAGGCUCCAACGUUCACUUGUGCAGGAAAAGAGGACGGAUAUUAUCCGGAUCCAUUAGCCAGUUGUUCAAGAACAUUUUACAGGUGCUCUGAUGGCCGCGAUUAUAGUUUUAUCUGUAGCGAAGGAUUGGUGUAUGGACCAACGGUCAAUGUAUGCGAUUGGCCAGGUAACGUCGCCGGAUGCAACCGGUAG